GGGCCCCCCCGCCCCAUGCAGGUUCCGGGGUGCCGAGGGGGCGGGGCCAGCCCGGCAGCCGCCCCACGUGGCCUGGGCCGCGCCGGCCAAUGGAAGCGCGUGUUUCUGAAAGAUCUCCAUAUAUGGCGAUGUUCUCGGCCGGGGGGGCGGGUCCGUCGCCCUCCGGGUAUAAAAAGUCGGGGCUGGCAGCCGGGCGGUCUCACUCAGCCGGCGGCACCAGACCAGGCGGCACCGUCACCGCAUCGCCCACAGCAGCGACCCCCGCGCAGCAGCCUCCGCCAUGGAAGAGGAAAUCGCCGCCCUCGUCAUCGACAACGGCUCCGGCAUGUGCAAGGCCGGGUUCGCCGGGGACGACGCGCCCCGCGCCGUGUUCCCCUCGAUCGUCGGCCGCCCCCGGCACCAGGGCGUCAUGGUGGGCAUGGGGCAGAAGGACAGCUACGUCGGGGACGAGGCGCAGAGCAAGAGGGGCAUCCUGACCCUCAAGUACCCCAUCGAGCAUGGCAUCGUCACCAACUGGGACGACAUGGAGAAGAUCUGGCACCACACCUUCUACAACGAGCUGCGUGUGGCCCCCGAGGAGCACCCGGUGCUGCUCACAGAGGCUCCCCUGAACCCCAAGGCCAACAGAGAGAAGAUGACGCAGGGUUCUGUUCUCCUGGCAUUUCUCCCCUGACGCCUCAGAUCAUGUUUGAGACCUUCAACACCCCGGCCAUGUACGUGGCCAUUCAGGCCGUGCUGUCCCUCUACGCCUCCGGCCGCACCACAGGCAUUGUAAUGGACUCUGGGGACGGUGUGACCCACACCGUGCCCAUCUACGAGGGCUACGCUCUGCCCCACGCCAUCCUGCGUCUGGACCUGGCCGGCCGCGACCUCACCGACUACCUCAUGAAGAUCCUGACAGAGAGGGGCUACAGCUUCACCACCACGGCCGAGCGGGAGAUCGUGCGGGACAUCAAGGAGAAGCUCUGCUACGUGGCCCUGGACUUCGAGCAGGAGAUGGCCACGGCCGCCUCCUCCUCCUCGCUGGAGAAGAGCUACGAGCUGCCCGACGGGCAGGUCAUCACCAUCGGCAACGAGAGGUUCCGGUGUCCAGAGGCCCUUUUCCAGCCUUCUUUCCUGGGCAUGGAAUCCUGUGGCAUCCACGAGACCACUUUCAACUCCAUCAUGAAGUGUGACGUGGACAUCAGGAAGGACCUGUACGCCAACACGGUGCUGUCCGGAGGCACCACCAUGUACCCCGGCAUCGCCGACAGGAUGCAGAAGGAGAUCACGGCGCUGGCCCCCAGCACCAUGAAGAUCAAGAUCAUCGCCCCGCCGGAGCGCAAAUAUUCCGUGUGGAUCGGCGGCUCCAUCCUGGCGUCCCUCUCCACCUUCCAGCAGAUGUGGAUCAGCAAGCAGGAGUACGACGAGUCCGGCCCCUCCAUCGUGCACCGUAAAUGCUUCUAAACGGACUGCGGGCCCCGCUGCCACGCCCGGGAGCUGUGCCCAGGCAUCCAUACACCUCAUGCCAGCCUCCUGCAACUGGAAUAAGCCUUCUUCCAAAAGAAAAUCCUGCCCUUGGGAAGUCUGUACCUGAUGUUAGACACGUGGAUGGGCGCGCUGUCACUUGAUUUGACCUUGUUGUAACCGAGUUAAGCCGCUCCCCGAGCUCAUACCCUGUACGGAUCGGCUCCCCCGGGGCUCCCCGAUCCCGGGAUUUCCCCAUCCCAGGGACCCCCCCCCACACUGACAGCGGCCCCGGGACCGCUCUGUACAGGGUAUUUUGGAGCCAGAGUUUGCUGUACAUCCCGUGUGGAAUAUUCCAGGUUUCCUGUAGAGGCUGGUAGGAGUCCAUCGAGAAUUAUUUUUUUUUUUUUUCCCCUUUUCUAGCAAGGUUGGGAAAAAAAAAAAACAGAACAUAUCGCAUCCGAGCCUUACACCCUCCUCAUCCCUCUCUUCAUCCCCCUCCUCCCCCUGGUCCCACCGCAGGGCUCGAGUCCUCAGCUCUGAGUUGCUGAAACUCUGCAUUUACACCUGUAAAUUUCCGCAUUUUAAUUUAUGUCAGAUUUUUUUCUUUUCUUUUUUUUUUUUUGUUCUUUUUUUUUUCUUUUUUUUUGUACGUUGCCUUAAUGUUCUCACGUGACGGUAGAAAAAAAAAAACAAACCAAAAUUUGUUUAAGAAUCAUCUGAAAAGAGUUGAGAAAUUGUAAUGCCCAACAAACACUUCAUUGUGUAAGGAAAAUAAAAUGGAAAAAAAGCUGCAGUAA